GCGACACUUAUUUACAAUCUGUCAGCCUUCAUUGAGCAUACAUUUGUGUUCCUCAUCCAGACCUAAAAUAAUGAGAUUGUUUUGAUGCUAACAACAUUAAUAAUGCAUAUGUGAAAGCAUCAUGCCAACUGCAAGGAAUUGCACUCUUUUCUAUGUUCAAAGAUGAAGAUUCUCUACCUAUUCUGCUGUCUUUGGUACCUUGUGAAAGGUUCACUUAAAGUUAUAAAUAUGGACAAAAUAUCAGCAACAGUUGGAGACAACGUGACCUUUUAUUGCCAAGUGAUGAACACCAGCAAAGUGCUGCAAGUCACAUGGGAGAAAUAUACAGGGAAUUUCACCGGACCUAUUGCUACUUACAGCAUAAUCUAUGGUCCAAAGUUCCUAGGAUACUAUUCAAAGCGGGCAGUGCAAUUUACUGACCUAACACCUAAUGCCUCAGCAAUAAGACUAAAUUCUGUAAAUCUGAAGGAUCAAGGAUGCUUCAAAUGUAUCUUCAAUGUCUUCCCCAUAGGAGCAAGCAAUGGUAGAAUAUGCCUUGAUGUAUAUGAAUCACAAAUAUCUAAACCAAAGCUGGAAACUCAUCCACUGAUCUCUCCAGAGAACACAGAGGAAAUGCAAGUUGUAAGCUGCACAGCUACUGGUAAACCAGCACCAGAAAUCACGUGGAACCUCACAGAGAGUCAUCAGAUGACACCUCAAUAUUACAGCAUAGCUCACCCUGACCAAAGUGUGACAAUCAUAAGUAACUUCACGUGGACCACCUCUAGAAGCCAGCACAAGACAAAAGUAGCCUGCGUGGUGCGUCACCCUUCUCUCGACAGAGAAAUUAUUCUCAUUAAGUUUACAGGAAGUGAUAAUUCAUCACCUGAGCAAGACACUCUCAAAACAGUGCACGUUAUCAUUUAUGCAAUCUGCAUUACCUGCUUCCUCUGUAUACUUACUGCAUUUUGCUUUUAUUAUUUCAAAACCAUAAAAUACAAGUCUUUUGGAAACAAAUCCAUCGGAACAAAAUUAAAGCGAUCUUCAACUACAACCAACCUAUUUCAAGUAAGGACGCUUGUAUAAUAAAUAAAUACAUAAAAAAUAAAGAGGCCACAUAAUAUGGAGAUCUCACAAUGACCGGUUUACAAGUGUUUUAUUGGAAUUUCCCGCAUCCAGUUGAACGUUAUAACAUUUAGACCAUGGCUUCGUUUAUAAGAAUCACAUGAUGCUCAAACUAUAAAUAUGGUCAUUUAAAAAGACAUAGAAACAACAAUAUGUUAUGUUUGUUUUAAUAAUGUAUUACCUUUUCUGUUGCCUACCAAACCCGGCUCCCUGAAACCUGUACUAGCUCAGAUCUCUGUUGUUGGAUCCAGCCCUGCUCACUACUUUAUGAUCACAACAUGGCUACCUCUUACCAGGUACAUAAUUACGCCUGCUGUAGACUUUUCCGCUUCAUUCAUAAUCAUACAUAGUAGCCAGGACCAGAUGUCAAUGUGCACUUAGUUCCUACGUCUGACUUGUGUCAGUGUUUAACCCAGUACCAGAAACCAAACAGAAAGAACUAUAAGAUAUUAUUAAAUGGUUCAGGGACUUUGUGGCAUGCGUUUGCUGCAUAACUUGGCUGUCUGGUGUCACAGAAAUCCACAGCUGAAGGUGAUGCCUGAGAGAAUAUUUAAAGGGACAUAAACCCAUUUUUUUUUCAUGAUUCAGAUAGACAAUACAAUUUAAAAAAAGUUUCCAAGUUACUUCUAUUAUCAAAUUUGCUUCAUUCUCAUAUUAUUCUUGGUUGACGAUAUACCUAGAUAGGUAGCGUGCACAUGCCUGAAGAACUACAUGACAGAAAAUAGUGCUGCCAUCAAGUGCUUUUUCUAAUGUAUAACAUUGUUGCAAAACUGCUACCAUAUAGUGCUGCAGACACGUGCACACUCCUGAGCUUACCUUACAGCUUUUCAACAAAGGAUAACAAGAAAACUUGAUAAUAAAAGUAAUUUGAAAAGUUGUUUAAAAUUGUAUGUUUGGUCUGAAUCAUGAAAGAAAAAAGUUGGGGUUUAUGUCCCUUUAACUAAAGGCUUCCUCAUGGAAUACAAAGGAUCUAAAGAAUACGGGAGGUCACAAAGCGUCAAGAGGACAUUUAAAGGGUCAUUAAAGACAUUUGUACAUAUGUAUCAGGAACUAAUCAAUACAUCUUUUUGUGACAUUUGUAAUUCUGUAAACUUUGUAUUAUUUCACAGUUAUGGAGCGCAUCCCUUAAAAAAGCCUCUUUAGUAUGUUUAUGUAAUUUGCUGUAGCAAUUUGCGGAUCCGUAUAAUUGAGCUCAUGCACUGAUCAAGCAAUCACUGUGCAACAUGUAGGAGGGGACAGCGUUCUGAAUUUUACAUGUCCAGUCUCUCUGCGAGCAAUGGGUAAACUACAAUUUUCCAAUUCAAUUGACAGGAAAAGAUGUUAAAAUAAAUUAUAAUUUAUGUUUUUCUUCAGUCUUCAUAUCUGUAAGCUUUUCAGUUUUAAUGUAUCUUUAAGGUUCUAGUCUAGUUUUAUUGACUUUAAAUGUCCCUUAAAAUGAAAUAGAGGAACGCUGCACUGAAUAAUAUGUAUACAUGAUACACAAAUAAGAUCCCAAUGUUUCUUGUUUUAUAAUGUAUGUAAACCCACAAAUGCAUAAAAAUGUAUUCUAGCCAUGUUUUUAUACUGCAGUGAUAAUAAGCUAAAUUAAAAAUGUUUAUAUUUUGUAUGUUA